GCGCAGGUAGGGGUGGCCUGGAGGCCUGCAGUCCGCGCGGCCACGGGGAGGGACGAGAGGGCCUGACGUACAGGUGAGUGCGCCUCUGCUGGUGCGCCGCGCCGGGCCCCCUGCCCGCGCCCCCUGUCACUUCGCCCUGCCGCCCCGCCCACGCUCCAGCCGGGUCUCCCCAUGAGUGUCCCGUAUUCUGCCAGCCUCGGGACGCCCCGCGAGCCCAGGGCUGCGCAGGGGCUGCGGUAAUUGAGCGCGGCGAGGACUUCCGUUCCUGCGUCCGAUCGCUCCUGCUGGCUCCGAAUGCAGAUUGCGAACCCGGGAACGCAGUUGUCCAUUUCCUUUGACCUUGGGGACCCAGGAAGGUGCACUGCCCGCAGGGGCGGGGAGGGAGCUAGAGGAACCCGACCCUGUCUUAGCCUGCAGCCUCCGAGGUCUCCAAGUAAAGGGAAGGAUCUUUAGCUGUAUUAGACUUCAAAGCGUUUAGACCAGUUUCUCCAUCUUACGGAGCGGUGAACGGGCUCAGGAAUGUGGAGCGUUUCCUGGCGUCAAGCAGGUCAAAGUCAGCGCUGCUUUUCUUACAGACACUGCUUUUCUUCCAGUCUUCGAUUAUAAGCGCCAUGGCUAUGGCUAGUGUUAAAUUGCUUGCUGGUGUUUUAAGAAAGCCAGAUGCCUGGAUUGGACUCUGGGGUGUUCUCCGAGGGACACCUGCGUCAUACAAACUCUGUACUUCCUGGAAUCGAUACUUGUAUUUUUCUAGUACCAAGUUACGUGCACCAAAUUAUAAAACACUUUUUUAUAAUAUUUUCUCACUGAGACUCCCAGGACUUUUACUAUCUCCAGAAUAUAUUUUUCCUUUUUCCAUAAGACUCAAAAGUAAUAUAAGCUCUACAAAAUCUACUAAAAAGUCUCUGCAUAAAGUAGAUGAAGAGGAUUCUGAUGAAGAAAGCGAUCAUGACGAGAUGAGUGAGCAGGAAGAGGAGCUUGAGGAUGACCCUACUGUAGUCAAAGACUAUAAAGACCUGGAAAAAGCAGUGCAGUCUUUUCGGUAUGAUGUUGUCUUGAAGACGGGGCUAGAUAUUGGGAGAAACAAAGUGGAAGAUGCAUUCUACAAAGGUCAACUCAGACUGAAUGAGGAAAAAUUAUGGAAGAAAAGCAGAACGGUGAAAGUGGGAGAUACAUUGGAUCUUCUCAUUGGAGAGGAUAAAGAAGCAGGAACAGAGACAGUUAUGCGGAUUCUCUUGAAAAAAGUGUUUGAAGAAAAGACUGAAAGUGAAAAAUACAGAGUGGUGUUACGGCGGUGGAAAAGUUUAAAGUUGCCUAAGAAGAGAACAUCUAAAUAAAUGGAUUGCUUUUUACCAGUAAAGCUGCUUUCUAGUGGUAGAGGAAGGGGUCACCUGAAAAAGAGGACAUUUUUAUUAAAAUAAAGUUCUCUUAGCAUGUGUGGAAUCUGCUGAGCCAUUUUGUAGAAACUAGGAUCCGUAUCUGGAGACACUUCCCAAGGCCUGCCUUACCCCCACCCCCUGCCCACCUUGAUCCAUGCCCCUUUGACCUCCUCGUGUGAGAACCCCUUUGCCAGAGUGAGACGUGUGCAGAAGGAACUAAGCCCCAGAGGGUUUUAAUGGCUUGCCUGCUGUUU